CACGCAUACAUGUAUACACAAACACAGGGCAGCAACUUUGCAGCUUUUCUUUUUACAGUAGCAGCUGUAACCCUAUUGGUUCAGAACACAGCCCAACCAUAUAUUUCCCUCCCUUCCUUCUCUCUCUCUCUCAUCCUUUCUCUCUCUCUAUAUCUUUCUUCUUUUGUGAAGACAACUAGCAGAUCUUCCCUGAUAUACACCAGUACUGUAGUCCCCUAAAAACAUCAAAUACCAAACCCACUUACCCAAUUAACAUCAUCUCAUCUCUAGUCUAGAGAGAGAAGAAAAACAUCAUAAACAGAAACACAGAGAGAAAGAGAGUGAAAGAGAGAGAGAGAAACAAAUGGAAAAUGGUUGGAGCUUAUUCAACACCAGUAUCACUGCCACCACCAAUACCAGCACCACCAACAACAGUACUACUACUACUAGUAGUAGCAGCAGAGGGCAUAAUGGUCAUUGCAACAACCUUGCAUGGGAUAUCUGGGAUAUGGGUACAUCACGCUUUGACUGGAACACUACUAGUAGUACCUCAUUCCUCCACCACCACCACCAACAACAACAUCAGCAACAACCACCCUCCUCCGCCACCGUCACGGCGGCGAGUGAAGCCCACGCGCUCAUGUUAGGGCACCAAACGGCUGCCUCCUUAUAUUCCGGAGCUGCUGGGCCCCACUACUACCACCCGGACCCACACCUCAUGUGCUUGAAGCUCGGCAAGCGGCACUACUUCGAGGACGCUACUGGUGCUCCUCUGGGUGAUUGCCACGUGGUGGGUGGUGGUGGUGGUGGGAAGAGAGGGAAAACUUACUACGGCGGCGGCGGCGGCGGUGGUGAGGUGGUGGGGACGUCGGCGCCGGCGCCGAGGUGUCAGGUGGAUGGGUGCAACGUGGCGCUGGUGAAUGCUAAGGAGUACCACAGGAGGCAUAAGGUGUGUGAAAUGCACUCGAAAGCCCCCAAGGUGGAGGUGCUUGGUCUUGAGCAACGCUUUUGUCAACAGUGUAGCCGGUUUCAUGAAGUUUCAGAGUUUGAUGAUUCAAAAAGGAGUUGCCGGAGGAGGCUAGCAGGCCACAACGAGCGGAGAAGAAAGGGCUCUCAUGAUUCCAUUCCUAGAUCUCCCCAUCCUUCUCUUUCUCAUGAAAAUAAAUUGAUGGCUGAGAGAUUUUCGUACUUGAAAUUACCGACAGGGCGUGCUCUCUCUCUUCUGUCAUCAUCUUGGAAGAACAACUCUUGGUUUUCGUCCUCUGAUCUCUCCUUAAGAUGUAGCGCGGCGCUUCGUGAGCUCAUUGCAGAAAACCGCGCAGCCAUCCUAGCCCGGCAGCUAGUCCUAGAGCGGGACUGGCACCGUGGGUCCCAUGACACAAUGGAUGAUGUGAACGCCACCCAACUAGCCGGAACCAAUCCAAUGACUCCACAUCACCACCAAAUGUUCCCAGAGCCACACGGUUAUUGGGACCGGUUCAAUGAAGGUAGCGGGCACGUGACGUUGGAUCUUAUGCAGGCUCCAAGUUCGGCAUUUGGGCUUUUGUCGGUGAGGGGAAAAUCAAAAGAAGAGGAGGAAGAAGAAGAAGAAGAAGAAGAAGAAGAAGAGUGUUCUGGGUUGUGGACUCACAUGGUUUGAAUUUUUCAUGUGUUUAUUGAUUUUGUAUUGUUUUUUGACAAUUUGUUUGGUGUGUGAAGACAUUAUUGCUUUUUCUACUAUUCAAGUUGUUAGCUUUGUAAAAAUUUGUUCAUCAAUUGGUCAAGAAUGACUAUGUUUAAUGGAUCUUUUGGCAUCUAAGUUUUAUGUAUAUAUAUAUACAACUAUUUAAUCA